GCGGGCGGCGCCGGCGGCUUCAACUGCGGCAGCUACGGCUAGGGCGACGGAAGAAGAAUCUCCAGCAGCCGGCGGUUGAGUUAGGCCUAAGCAGCGCCCGGAGCCGCCCGCACUGUCCUCUGCGGGGGAAUCUACACAGAGACGGUGACAUACACAGAGGCUGGGGUCCGCGGGAGGCUGCCGGACCGGAGCCAGCUACUCGGCCUCUGUCGCCGCCACCCCCUUCCCUGCCGCCAGCGCGCGUUCUCUCUCCGCUCCUGCUCGCAGCCCCGCGAUUCCUGGUGUGCCUGUGCCCCGCUGUGUGGGCAGCGCGUGCGUACUUUUGGGCUGGGGCCGGGCGGGGGGGGCUCUAAGGCCGUCUCUGCCUCUCCCGCCCCGGAGGGGGAAGCCGCGGAGGCUCACGCCAUGGCCUCGGGAGCUGGAGGCAUAGGAGGGGGCGGUGGCGGCAAGAUCCGGACUCGGCGUUGCCACCAGGGGCCAAUUAAACCUUACCAGCAGGGGCGACAACAGCACCAGGGCAUUCUCAGCAGGGUUACAGAAUCUGUUAAGAAUAUUGUGCCAGGAUGGUUACAAAGAUACUUUAACAAGAGUGAAGACGUAUGUAGCUGCUCAACAGACACAAGAGAGGUGGCACAGUGGCCGGAAAAUAGGGAAGAUGACCAUAUAAUAUAUGCUGAUGAGGAGAACCCUAACAUUCAUGAUGGGAGAAUCACUCCUGAGCCAACAGUCAGUAAUACAGAAGAACCCUCAACAACUAGUACUGCUUCAAAUUAUCCAGAUGUAUUAACAAGGCCUUCUCUUCAUCGGAGCCAUCUGAAUUUCUCCAUGUUGGAAUCUCCUGCGUUACACUGUCAGCCCUCCACAUCUUCGGCAUUCCCAAUUGGCAGUUCUGGAUUUUCCCUCGUAAAGGAAAUUAAAGAUUCUACCUCUCAGCAUGAUGAUGAUAACAUCUCAACCACCAGUGGUUUUUCUUCAAGAGCUUCUGAUAAAGAUAUAGCUGUUUCAAAGAACACUUCAGUGCCACCUCUGUGGUCCCCAGAGGCUGAACGUUCUCAUUCACUCUCACAGCACACUGCCACCAGCUCAAAAAAACCAGCAUUCAACUUGUCUGUCUUUGGAACACUUUCUCCUUCACUUGGGAAUUCUUCAGUUCUUAAAACAAGUCAGCUUGGAGAUUCUCCUUUUUACCCUGGAAAAACGACAUAUGGUGGGGCAGCAGCUGCUGUAAGACAGUCUAAACUACAAAACACACCCUAUCAGGCACCAGUCAGAAGACAGAUGAAAGCUAAGCAACUGAACGCACAAUCCUAUGGUGUGACUAGUUCAACAGCUCGGAGGAUAUUGCAGUCUUUAGAGAAGAUGUCAAGCCCUCUAGUGGAUGCAAAAAGAAUUCCAUCUGUUUUUUCUUCUCCUCUGAAUUCCCCUCUUGAUAGGAGUGGGAUAGAUACCACCACAAAUUUUCAGGCCAGAAGGGAAAAGGUGGACUCUCAACACCCCCCUGUUCAGAGACUCAUGACCCCAAAGCCAGUUUCCAUAGCAGCAAAUCGAACUGUUUAUUUUAAACCAUCUCUGACCCCAUCUGGUGAAUUAAGGAAGACUAAUCAAAGAAUAGAUAAAAAGCACAGUACUGGAUAUGAAAAAAAUAUGACACCAGGACAAAGUAGAGAACAGCGAGAAAGCGGCUUUUCUUACCCAGAUUUCAGUGUGUCUGCAGCCAAUGGUUUGUCUUCUGGAGUAGGUGCUGCAGGUGGGAAGAUGAGGCGAGAGAGGACGCGCUUUGUGGCAUCUGAACCUCAAGAGGAGGAGGAAAUGGAAGUCCCAGUAUUACCGAAAAUCUCUCUACCCAUCACCAGUUCUUCACUGCCUACCUUCAAUUUUAGUUCUUCUGUGAUUACAACUUCCUCUCCAUCACCCACUACUCCUUCACAAUCAUUAACAAACCAGGUACAAAUGACCUCUCCAAACAGCACUGGCAGCCCCUUGUUUAGAUUUUCAUCUCCAAUUGUAAAAUCUACUGAGGCAGAUGUACUACCUCCAUCAUCUAUUGGAUUUACAUUUAGUGUGCCCGUGGCAAAGACAGCAGAACGUUGUGGCACUAGUGGUGCCUCAGAGCCACUUACAAGGAGUUCAGCUCAAGAUAUCACUGCAGUGAACAGUCCAAGCUGUAAGAAGAAACCAGAUGAAGAUUGCAAGGGCCCUUUCAAACCUGCAAAAACCCUGAAAGAAGGAAGUGUCCUAGAUGUUCUGAAGAACCCUGGUUUCACAUCACCAAAGGCAGAUUCUCUUGCUGUGCAACCUACCACCACAAGCCUGGUAGUUUAUUCAAGACCAGCAAUAAGUAGCUUUUCUUCUAGUGGAAUUGGGUUUGGGGAAAGUUUAAAACCUGGGCCAUCGUGGCAGUGUGAUACCUGUCUACUCCAGAACAAAGUUACAGACAACAAAUGUGUAGCCUGUCAAGCAGCAAAAUUGCCGCCAAAAGAUACUGCUAAACAGACCGGAACUGGGACACCGAGUAAAAGUGGCAAACCUACUGUUUCUGCACCAGAGACAGGCUUUGGAGACAAAUUUAAACCAGCAGUAGGAACUUGGGAUUGCGAUACCUGUUUAGUGCAAAAUAAACCUGAAGCGAUAAAAUGUGUAGCUUGUGAAACACCGAAACCGGGAACUGGUGUUAAGCGAGUCCUUACGUUGCCAGUGGCUUCAGAAAGCGCUGUUACUGUGGCUGCUUCCUCCUCCAGCUGCACUGAGACCACUGGUGCCUUAGGAUUUACAGAUAAAUUCAAAAGGCCCGUGGGAUCUUGGGAGUGUCCAGUGUGCUGUGUUUCUAAUAAUGCAGAAGACAAUAAAUGUGUGUCCUGUAUGUCUCAGAAACCAGGAAGUUCAGUACCUGCUUCAAGUAGCAGCACUGUCUCUGUCUCUCUGUUGUCUGGAGGCUGCCUAGGAUUGGACAAGUUCAAGAAACCUGAGGGAAGCUGGGACUGUGAAGUGUGCCUAGUGGAGAAUAAAGCAGAUUCUAACAAAUGCGUAGCAUGCGAGAGUGCAAAGCCGGGCACAAAGUCUGAGUUUACAGGCUUCAGCCCAUCUUCCUCAUCUUCGAACCCAGCAACCUCAUCCUUCAAAUUUGGUAUCCCAUCAUCCUCUUCUGGGCCUUCUCAGACUUUAACAAACACUGGAAAUUUUAAAUUUGGAGAUCAAGGAGGUUUCAAAAUAGGUGUGUCAUUAGAUUCUGGGUCUGUAACCCCUUUGAGUGAAGGCUUUAAAUUUUCUAAACCAAUAGGAGAUUUUAAAUUUGGAGUUUCAUCUGAUUCUAAACCUGAAGAAGUUAAAAAAGAUAGUAAAAACGAUAAUUUUAAGUUUGGACUUGCUUCUGGUUUAAGCAAUCCGCCUUCUUUAGCUCCAUUUCAGUUUGGGGUGUCUAGUCUUGGGCAGCAAGAAAAGAAAGAAGAACCGCCGAAAUCUUCAUCAGCAGGCUUUGGCUUUGGUUGUGGUGUCAUUAACCCUCCCCCUGCUGCUACUGACACCACAGUGACCUCUGAGAGCAAGAGCAGCUUCAGUUUUGGAACCGUGGACACCAAGAGUGUCCCAGGGGCUCCUUUCACAUGUCAGACGCCAGAAGCAAAAAAAGAAGAAACCCCUGCCUCCAAAGGAGGGUUCACUUUCGGCAGCGUGGACCCUGCCCCCCUGCCAUCUGCCUCGUUGUUUGUUUUGGGAAGGACAGAAGAGAAACAGCAAGAGCCUGUCACGUCUACAUCUCUAGUGUUUGGGAAAAAAGCUGACAGUGAAGAGCCAAAGUGUACACCAGUGUUUUCCUUUGGGAACUCAGAGCAAACCAAAGACGAGGGUUCUUCCAAGUCUUCGACCUUUAGUUUCAGUAUGGCAAAACCAUCUGAGAAGGAAUCUGAACAGCCAACGAAGGCCACUUUUGCUUUUGGAGCUCAAACCAGUACUACAGCUGAUCAAGGUACAGCAAAGCCAGUUUUCAGUUUCUUGAACAACAGUUCCUCUAAUUCAAGUACACCAGCCACUUCAGCUGGUGGUGGCAUAUUUGGUAGUUCCACCUCGUCCUCCAGUGCGCCUGCGGCUGCCUUUGUGUUUGGACAGGCCAACAGUCCUGUGAGCAGCUCUGCCUUUGGGAACUCUGCCGAAUCCAGUACAUCUCAGUCUUUGCUAUUUUCUCGAGAGAGCAAACCAGCAACCACGUCGAGCGCGGGCACAGCUGUCGCCCCAUUUGUCUUUGGUCCGGGUGCCAGCAGCAGCGAUGCUGCCGCCUCUGGUUUCAGCUUUGGAGCUCCCACCACAUCGAGCUCUGCAGGAUCCUCCUUUGUAUUCGGCACUGGACCUUCAGCACCAUCUGCCAGUCCAGCGUUCGGUGCUAACCAGACCCCAGCAUUUGGACAAAGCCAAGGUGCCAGCCAGCCUAACCCCCCAGGCUUUGGGUCUCUGUCAUCUUCAGCAGCAUUAUUUUCUGCUGGCUCUCAGCCUGCACCACCUACUUUUGGGACAGUGUCGAGCAGCAGCCAGCCUCCCGUGUUUGGACAGCAGCCUAGUCAGUCUGCAUUUGGCUCAGGAACAGCUCCUAAUUCCAGUUCUGUUUUCCAGUUUGGCAGCAGCGCUACAAAUUUCAACUUCACAAACAAUAAUCCAUCAGGAGUGUUCACGUUCGGCGCAAAUGCCAGCACACCUGCGGCCUCAGCCCAGCCCUCUGGCUCGGGGGGCUUUCAAUUUAGCCAGUCUCCAGCGGCGUUUUCUGUGGGGUCAAAUGGGAAAAACUCAUUCUCUCCUGGAACUGCGGUUUCUGGUCGCAAGAUAAAGACUGCUGUUAGACGCAGGAAAUAAAGAUCUUGAUGGUGUUAUACACACUGUUUUAACAACAGCUGGUGCCCUACUUUCAGAUUCUGGAUUGUACUACGUGCUGGGUUAUCUGAGGUCAGAUCUUUAAUUUUGGAAUUUUUCUCCUUUUUUCUUUACAGAAGCCCCAACCUUACCUCUCCCACCCCCUUUUAAAAAAAUAAUAGCUAGACUGGUGACUUAUUCUUCAGCAAAAAUGUUUUAUGAUCCAGCAAAUUAUUCACUGGUUUGGCAUAGGCUGGCUGAACCCAGGAAUCAAGCCCGCUCAAGAGAAUGGCUUUGUAUACAACCUCUGCACCACCGUGUGCGUUGAUAUGCGUUUUAUGGAACGCAUUGAAAUUGUAAUUAUAUCUGAGGAAUUCUGUAUAGAUUAGAGGAUGUUGAAAUGAAUGAUUUCUAUGCUGAGUUUGUGCUGGUGUAUGUGUGAAGUGAGUGAGUUGGGUGUAUUGUGCACUAAAAUUUUCUGAUAGAGGAAGCCUGAUUAAAGAGUGGUCCAUGCUAAGGAGUUGUUAGAUCUAGUUCGUUCUCCAUUUAAUAAUUAUAUGCUAUUUCUAUAUUGGCAUUCUUCUGACUAUCACCUGUCUUGCCUUUUUCAUUAUUUUAUUAUGAAACUUGUGUAAAUACAAUUUUGUUUCUGUACUUUUUUGGCAUAACAUAAAUCUGUGAACUUGAAAUUUUAAUUUUGUGUUAGAAAGUUUUUUUUGUUGUUUAGUCUUGUCUCAGAUUUUAUUAUGUAAAUCCCAUUAUUCAAAGUUGCCUAAAUCCAUUUGGAAAUCUUUAAAAAAAAAAAAAUUGGGGAUUCUUAAAGUGAGUUUAUUGGCUUUUCUGAUCCAGUUUUUGUUUGGACCAAAAACCAGUAUUGUACAAAGUAUUAAGCAUAUAUUUUUAUAUUUACUGAAAUGGACUGUGGUGACUUUGGAUAAUAAGGAAAAGUUUAAUAUUAAAGCCAUGUUUAUUACAGUAUAAUUAACAUGUUAAACCAUGGGAUAAAUGCCAUCAAUAAAAAGUUAUGAAAUACGUUUUGUUCUAGUGUUAAAUCCUAGUGAAGGUAUGAGUGUUAGUGGAAGGGAACCUUUUUAUGAAGGUUAACAAUGGUCAGUUAGAAGAAAAAUUCUGAAGAAUACAUUGAAGUGAUUUGGACAACUCCUAACUGAAGGGGAAGUGUCUGAAGAUAACCCUGCUUUAUGUCUGGUGCUAGGAAUCGCACCUACUUUGCAUAUAAAUGGACAUACCUUUUUAAAAGUUGAAAAUAAACACACGCAGCCAUUUCUGUUUGUAUCUUCCUUGAUAGGUGGCUAGACAAUGUUUUAUUGAUAGAAUUCUUGGAGAUGCAUGCCCAAAAUAGCCCACAAAAACUUCAGUGGUCAUUUUGUGGAAUUUCUUUUGGAUUAUUUUAUCGAUUUUUUUAAACUAGAUUUCUUUCCUAUGGUCCAUAAAAGUGCUCUUGGGACAGCGUUUGAUAAUUGUAUUCUUCAAUCUGUACAUAUGAUUAUUCUGUGCCGACUUUUAUUUUGCUGAACUUGUGGUUAAAUUCAGUACUUUAAAAUGUUUAAGAGCUUUUCUGUGUUUCCAGUGACAUGGUUUCUCUUACUGAAAAUGUCUUAGGCCAUCAUCAAAUGCUGGUUUCGGAGUAGGAAUUUUGUAUUUAUAAUUCUCACCUUAUUAAAUAAUAUACAUUUGACAUGAACCUCUUUUGGGGGCAGAUGAUGGUGAAUGCUAAAAGAAGUAAACUGGAAACCUGUGGGGUGUUGAUGCUGAGAAGUUAAUGCCUAACUAAACUGCAUGUUCGUUCACUCUUAGCCAUUCUUUAGGUCGAUAUGGAUGGGAAUAUUAGCCUUUCUAUUCUGGGAAAGAUUUUUCAUUAAAAAUGUGCUGGAAAUAUUUUAUUUAGUAAUUUUUUUUUAAAAGCAAGUAACUGAAAACCAAACUUAGGGUGGCUUAUUUUAUAAAUGAAAUCUGGCCCCCAGAACUGAGAUCUCUAGGGCUAGAGUAUUUGGGACUUAGGUAGGACUUGUCUUUUCAUGUCAACUGCUUUAACUCUCAGGCUGCACAUGGCAGCUAUAGAAAACAUUCGUGGUAGCAGCUCCAGCCUCAAAUCAGUCCCUGCUUAAGCCCAGCAGAGGUAUCUCUUCGUUGGACUGGUACAGGCUGUAGACCCACUCCCUGUGGCUGUAAUAGCUGCCUUGGGUUCCAUGCUCCAUACACGAAAGUCAAGCGCUGUUUGUGGAAGAAGGGGAAACGUUAUGGAAAGAAAACAAUAAAAGCCCACUUCUCGUGCUGGAUCAAUGAGGAAUUGUUUUUAACUGAAAAUAAUCUCUGAAGGUAAGAAAGGCAUACGCAGAAAGAUGGAAUCAUCAGGUAUGUUUAUAUAAUUUGAUUUACAAGAGGGUCUGUUGUUCUCACUGAAUGUACAUCAACAUGCUUGGUGAGGUGGGCCAAAUGUAUAUCCUGGGACCUGCUCACCAGAGACUGAUGCAUCACUGGGUCCAGGUAGGGCCCCAAAUCAUUACAUGAGCACCUGGAAGACUUCUGAUGCAUGAGGUCCAGGCAUGCCACUCUCAAGUGGUAGGUUGGUUUUUUAGUAAUUUACAGUUUGGGGCACUGAGAAGUACAAUUCAGACAACUGAAAUAAGUCUUCCUUUAGCUAUUUGUUACAAAUUUCUCUUGGAAUUAUUCACGGAAUUAGGAUUUUAUUACUUGAAAUAAGUGUUGGACUAAUUUUAGGAAUUUGUAACCAGGCCAUAAACUUCCUGGUUUAGCCUGGGGAAAAACUUAUGUUUUCUUUAAUUGUAUCACUAUGUCAUGUGCUGGGCCUGUUUGGAAACUGGCGAAUUUGGUACAGUAAAUUUGAUAAAAAUGGGUGUGUUGGGUCUAGCUACACACACCAGCUAUAUGUACCAUGUCAGAGCUUUCAUUUCCUUGUAAUACGGGGCAAUUUUUUUUUUUUUUUUUUUUUUUUGCAGUACGCGGGCCUCUCACUGUUGUGGCCUCUCCCAUUGCGGAGCACAGGCUCCGGACACGCAGUCUCAGCGGCUAUGGCUCACGGGCCCAGCCGCUUCGCGGCAUGUGGGAUCUUCCCGGACCGGGGCAUGAACCCGUGUCCCCUGCAUUGGCAGGCGGACUCUCAACCACUGUGCCACCAGGGAAGCCCCGGGGCAAUUUUUAUAAGCUUACCUCAGACAUCCACUGUGGUUUCCAGAAUGUGUAGUAGUUCAUGGCUGAGGUCCUGACAGCACAUUGUCUACAGGAUUCAGACCACGCCACAGUUUAACUACAUUUAAGUUUAUCCUUUAUUAUCUUUGUGUUUCUCGAGGAACCUGUUGUGUGUCCUGUCCUAGUUUUGUUUGUAAAGGUCUGAAUAGGGAACGCUUUCAAGACCAGACUAGGAUUAAAUUGCCCAGCUCAGUCUUCUACUAGCUACGAGACUCUGACUGCUGGUUCCUCAUUUGUAAUGUGGGUCCUUAGUAUCUUGCACUGCGGUUGGAAUGGUUAACUGUAAGGAACGGACAGGAUUAGUUUAACAUUAAAAGCUUAGUCAUCUACAGCUAACUUCUGAGUGACUUGCUAAAAGAAUAUAUCUCAAAGUGGAUGAUUUUUUUUUUGAUAGACCUCUAGUUCUGAAAGCAUUCAUCUCCUGAAGGCAGAGAAUGCUAGAGCAGCUGUAUUUGGAAGCAGGAGAUUCUGGAGCAAACCUCAAAGAAACAGGCAAAACACAAAAGCAGUGGUGACCAGGUAUUUAUUGAGACAAUACAAAUUGGUGGCAAAUUAUUAAAAACAGAAUGUUGAAUUUUCAUUUAUAGGCAGGCCAUCAGAUACUGUUUGUGGAUCAAGCCAUACUAUAAUGAACUGCAAAGAAAUACGCACACAGCUUGAGAUGAGGAACUUUACCCAGGCGAGCACAUAUUGCAAAGAUUUUGGCCUUUGGUAUGGGCUGGAGGGUGGGAAAUGGCAAGUAACAAGUAUUUGCCAGAUUUUAGGAAUACUGCUAUUAUUUAGGAAUAUUCUUUAAAAGGACCAACAGCCUGUUUUCAUAGGGGUAAGUGUAGAAUAAAAAAAGUUAAUACAUUCAUCAAAAAGCCCUUUAUUCCCAAGUAGUUUUAUUUUCAACUCCUGUCUUCCUUUUGCUGGAAGUAUUUAUGCCUAAGUGAAACGCCCAAACAAGUCACUUAACGGAAAAAAAAUCCUUCUUUUAGUUAGAACAAUUUUUACCGUCAUUUGAAACAUUGAAGACUUUUAUAAAUUUAGACAAAGCCCUCAAAUAUAAUGUUUUUUCAAUCCUAAAUAUUUGGGAGAAACUAGGUGACUGUUCAGGGAGAAAGAAGUAACUUCUGAAGCAGUGCCACACGAGUACCACACAGGUGCUGGCUUUCUCUCUAGCCACAGACUCCCUAAAAGCACAGCUUGCUUGCCGCUGCUCCCUCACCUAGCUCAGCCCAGCGUGCAUUAGUAUGUCAGACUUUUCUCAAGGUGCAGGAGCCACUCAGGCUGCACAUUUCAUAACAGGUAGAGUUUCUAGAUGCCUAAAUUAACCGCAUGACCUGUGGUUUUAUAUACGGUAUGUUCACUGAAAUACUAUUCUCAGCAUAACUCCUAAUUUUUGUUCCCGUAUUAUCUUGUAAAAGUGAUGAAUAAUGUUAAUACUAUGAAGACAACUUUCUUUUUGCCUUUUUAGGCUGUAGAGCUUCAGUAUGAGAAUUCUGUCUUGACACAGAAAAUUCAGCAUUUCUGUAAAUGAAAUAUAAUAAAGUAUACUGAAAAUAGGGAGGGCCCCAGCCCCAAGAGAAAAACAUGUGGCUCCCCCUUCUUCCCCAUUUUGUCAUUUUUCCCCCCAACUUGGGAAUCAAAAAUCUCCCUAAGUGCUGAAUUCAUAAACAGACUUGGAUUUUGUUGUAAAGGCAGACAAAGUAACACUUUUUACUUGAUAGGGCUACAUAGUGUAACUUGAAUCCUGAGAAAUGCAUCUACAUAGAUACUAAAGUAUAAAACAAACUGGACUACAUAUUUCCUUUUGUUUUACUGUAUAAAAAUAGCCUAAGUGGUGAACCAUCGAGGAAAUUAUACAUUAAAGGUGUAUUCCAGAGCUACAUGUCAGAAGGGUACGUUUCAACUCCAGUUCCCAGUCAGGGGCAAAGGGGGUGUAUACUCUGAUGCUAAUCUAUACACUACUAAUCGGUAAGUUUAUGUAACAUUUCCUAAUAAUUUUUCCUCUAAUUUAAGAAGUUAGUGGAUGGUUUGGGUUUGUUUACUGUGAAGGACCGUAACACUUUCUCUUCCCAGAAACAGGUGAAUGAAUGAUCUGUUUAGUAUUUUGACACAUUUAACUAAUAGGCUUUCUGUGAUGGAUUUACUAUAAAGUUAUUUUGAAAAACA